AUGUCGCUGGGAGCCGGAAAGGAUACGUUGAUAAAGCACGACGCUCAAAUCUCACAGUACGAUGGGCCACCUGAGCACAGAGCCGGCCAAUCUGCAUUGGUGAGAGCACGCCUUGACAAGAUUCUAGAUUCAAUUAUCCACGACUUUGUCGAUGCAAAGGGUAGAUGGGUACCUGCUACCUACAUCGACUUUCACACUGCCGACAGCCAGCCCGAUGAUCGCAAGAUUUCCAGGGCCUACAUUCUUGCCGACAGAGCCUGGGCCAAUGCAAUUGAUGAUUGGAACAAAGAUCUGUGCAUCUACCUCUGUCGUCGCAGACUCUUCGAUGCCUCACACCCAAAGACACCUUGGGAUCCGAUACUCGAAAAGGAGGAGUGCAACCUCGGAGAGUCACACUUCCCUCGAGCACCUCAGAUCAUCCCUUUAGGUCAAGAAAUCAUCGAUCGUCUCAGUAAGCGAAUUCGGUUGGCUCAAACCGGAGCCAAAAUUCGUGGCAAUCAUGGCAUUCAUAUUUUUCGAGCAAAAAGGAAGGACAUUCCGUCCUCCAACAAGGCUUAA